AUGGAGUCGGUGUGUUUUCACGACGGCAACAUCAAUAACUUGAUCGACAGUCGCACUCUCGACGUUCGCUAUGACAUUAAUCACAGAUUGCAAAUGCACUCGUCAUUGGUACAAAGGCUUUCCCAGGAAAGAGAAUUGGAGGGGCAUCAGGGCUGUGUGAAUGCUGUGGCUUGGAAUUCAAAAGGCUCGCUUUUGGUAUCUGGGUCUGAUGAUACACGCAUUAAUAUCUGGAGUUAUUCACGGCGUGAGCUGUUACACUCCAUUGAGAGUGGGCAUUCUUCCAACAUAUUCUGUACAAAAUUUGUUCCUGAAACUUCUGAUGAGCUUGUGGUCUCUGGGGCUGGAGAUGCUGAGGUUCGUCUUUUCAAUUUGUCCCGUUUAAGGGGAACGGGUCGUGAUGAAAAUGCUAUCAGUCCUUCAGCGCUGUUUCAAUGUCAUACCAGGAGGGUCAAAAAAUUAGCUGUGGAAGUCGGUAACCCCAAUGUGAUUAAUAUCUGGAGUUAUUCACGGCGUGAGCUGUUACACUCCAUUGAGAGUGGGCAUUCUUCCAACAUAUUCUGUACAAAAUUUGUUCCUGAAACUUCUGAUGAGCUUGUGGUCUCUGGGGCUGGAGAUGCUGAGGUUCGUCUUUUCAAUUUGUCCCGUUUAAGGGGAACGGGUCGUGAUGAAAAUGCUAUCAGUCCUUCAGCGCUGUUUCAAUGUCAUACCAGGAGGGUCAAAAAAUUAGCUGUGGAAGUCGGUAACCCCAAUGUGGUAUGGAGUGCAAGCGAAGAUGGGACCUUGAGGCAGCAUGACUUUCGGGAGGGUUCUUCUUGUUCUCGAGCUGGAUCUUCUCGCAAAGAAUGUCACAAUGUUUUACUUGACUUGCGGUGUGGAUCAAAAAAGUCAUUGGCUGAUCCUCCCAAACAGUCCCUUGCUCUGAAGUCUUGUGAGAUCAGUUCCACUAGGCCUCAUUUGCUCCUAGUUGGGGGAAGUGACGCGUUUGCUCGUUUAUAUGAUAGACGAAUGCUCACACCACUGUCAUCCUGUCAGAAAAAGUUGUCGCCACCUCGUUGUGUUAACUACUAUUGCCCAAUGCAUCUAUCUGACCGUGGUCAUUCUAGCUUGCAUUUAACUCAUGUUACAUUUAGUCCCAAUGGAGAAGAGGUUCUGCUUAGCUACAGUGGAGAGCACGUGUAUCUAAUGGAUGUAAAUCCUGCUCCUGGGAGUGCUAUGCGUUAUACCACAGGAGAUGUUUCAAAGCUUAUGAACUUUACUCCCAUACUCGAUGGAGUAGAAUUGCGACCUAAGGUGUCCAGUGGCAUUUCGAAUGGUUUUCCUAUUAAGAGUCAUGUUGCUGCCAGGCUUGACAAGUGCAGAAAAUUAGUUCAAAUUGCAGAAAAGUCCUUGAAGGAGGAAACAAAUUAUUACAAUGGAAUUGAGGCUUGUAAUGAAGUUUUGGAUGGUCAUGGUCGUGAGAUUGGACCUAUGCUAAUGCACGAAUGUCUUUGUAUACGAGCAGCCUUGUUGCUCAAGCGGAAUUGGAAAAAUGAUUCUCUUAUGGCCACAAGAGAUUUUUAUAAAGCAAGGAAGAUCGAUUGUUCUUCACUUGAGGCAUUGCUUGGUAUGGCUGAGGCUUUGUCACAGCUGGGCAAACAUAAAGAAGCUCUAGACUUUGCUAUUGCAGCUCAUUCUCUGGCUCCAUCUGAUUCUGAAGUUGCAGAGAAGGUGGAGAAUAUAAGAAAACAUCUUGCUGCAGCUGAAGCUGAGACAACUAACAAAGCAAAUAACGGAACACCUAAGUCUAAGCCUCGAGCUGGAAAAGUGCUAUCAUUGAGUGAGAUCCUCUACCGUUCAGAGGCAAAUAAUGAUGCUUCACAAGAUGGUCCAAGGUCUGAACGAGAAGAUUCUGACUAUGAUGAGGAGAUGGAGUUAGAUUUUGAAACGGCAAUAACCGGUGAUGAAGGGCAUGAUGUUGAGUCUAAUGUUCUUCAUGGAAGUUUAAAUUUAAGAUUUCAUUGCAGAGGUGAUUCAACAAUGGAGACCGGCCGUGUCAAUGGCUCUUGUGGCUCGCCUACGUCUUCUUGUCAAAAUGAUAGAGCUACUUAUCAGCCUGAAGCCGUGGUAGAUCUGAAGCAGAGAUAUGUUGGCCACUGUAAUGUUGGGACUGACAUAAAACAAGCCAGCUUUCUUGGCCAGAGAGGGAUUUGUAUUCAGGCAUUCCAAUAGAGUGGUGUGCGGAUGGGGCUUAUGCCCAACUCUUGACAUUUUGAGAUCUUAUAUCUGCUAUUAACUUGAAAUAGCAGAAUUUAUAAAUGAAUUUGAUUGUUGGUGGCAGCAUGUCUGUUUUGUAAGUCAAUAUCCCACUGGAUUACAUUUCGAUGGAAUUGUCUGGGAAUCUCAAAUCAGAUAGUCAUUUUCAUGGGAUAGAAAUCAUGUUUUCUUUUGUGCUCCUUUUUUUGUUUUUAGAUUUUGGGGGCUUUGACCUUGAAUGCAUAUUCUUCUGAAAUUGAAAGCUAGAUUUGUGGGCUUUAACAUGAUUGCUGACUUCAUCAUGAUG